AAGCGCUUCACCCAGGACAUUUAACCAAGCGAGAAGAUGGUGUGCGUGCGAUGUGUUCCAGCUCUCGUCAUUGCGCGUCAGCAAGCUACAAUGUCACUGCAUUUCACGACAGUUCUUCUGUUCGGAGUGAUAAAUUGCCUCGCCGCCUCAAUCGCAGGUGGAAUCCGCCAUGUUUGCGGGGAUUCCACUCGAGUAGUGCUGAAGAAUAGUUGGUCGGAUUGGCCCGAAUGAUUGCGCAACGUCCAAGACAGUCAUGCCGACAUCCCAGCAAGCUUUCAGUCACCAGCGAUCGUAAUCCGCCACUCGAAGAAUCGUUACCCGCUUCGCUUCGUUCCCCGCGCUCCCCACAGACCCCACAGACCGCGUUGGAUUCGGGGGUGCCUCCGUUCUACCAACGAUUACUUCGCAUCCGUCGGUCACAUCACAAGCUGUGCUUCAUGCAGCUUACCACGUCAUUCCACGUGACGUUCAGCAUCAGUGGCAAU